AAACCAGCAACAACCCCGAGCUUGCGGCGACCGAAGUGCCCCUUCAUUUUUAGACCUUCGGAGAGGAAGGAUCGCAACCAAACGCUGUCUCAAAUGGUCGUACUCGUGUUGUUGUUUGGGCAACUAACGUAGCCCGACGCAUUCUCGUCUCGGUGCCCUGACUUCAACGACAUAAUCAAGCGCGCAAGAAACCGCGAUGUCCUUUCCGAACAAGGAACAGCGUCAGAAGUGUUGGGAUUCUAGAGAUCGCUACUGGGAGUGCCUUGACAGCAACGCUGAGGAUGCCAAACGCUGCGCAGAAAUGAAGUCCUUGUAUGAAACCCAUUGUCCGAGCCAGUGGGUGAAGCACUUCGACCGCAAGAGGGAAUACCUGAAGUUCAAGGACAAGAUUGAGAAAGACGGGUACGACCCACUCGAUGACACGAAUGCCAGGGCGAAAAGCUGAGGCACUUAGUUGUUUGCGAGCACUCGCGAUUGUUGAAACAGUUUCGACUAAGUCAGAGAGAGUGCACCAAUGCCAGGCACCAGAUCCAUUUGCAAAGAUGCUCACAUGUUGCACAGAGUGCAUAAUUAAUUCGUCAUUAUGGGCAUUAGAUUUAAAAGAAGCGUCAUCCUUAGCACACUAUGCAAUGUUUCAUCAUAACAAAGUAACGAUAUAGGAGUAGAGUACAGACGUAGAAGCAUGAGUAUCCAUAGAUGUUUGCAUGCGUGUGACUGCUUGUCUGGCUGAAGUGCUGUUUGUUGUCCAUGUUGGAAUAAAGCAUUUUUGCUGGACACA